CCAGCUGCUAGCACCAUGACCGGAGGGAGGGCCCUGCUGCUCUGCACAAACACUGACAACUGUAUCUACCAAUCAGUCAACGGGCUCCAGUGCUGUGGUCUGAAGGUCGGGGAGGCUCCGUCGUCUGCGGUGCCCCAGCGCCAAGAGGUGUGCGGGUCGCCGGGGGACAGAGACAGGAGGGAGACCGCUGUGUCCACCAAGCGUCCCCUCUCCCCCUUACUCAGCCCUCCUGACGGCCCUCCUGACACCAUGUUGGCUCACAGGAGAGCCACCGACCCGCGGACUCCCAACAUGGAGAACGGGCUGUGUGGGAAGCUGAACAACAACAAGAGCCCGGCAGCAGCCAAGACGGCCAGCAUCAGAGAUAAGAUCUCACAAUGGGAGGGCAAAAAGGAGACUGCCCCGUCUUCUACAGGGACAUGUCCUCUGAUCACGGCAGAGAAGGAAGUUGAGACGGUGAGGAAAAAGGAACCUAAAGCUUCAGAAGUCCAAAGGACAGAUAGCAAGAGGUUUGUUAGUUGGGACAGACCGGACUCAGGGAAGGAAAAUGUUGGAAAGCUGGCGGAUUUGAGGCCUAAAUCUCCAGACGGCCCAUCAAAGGAGAAGGAAGUGAUCUUAGAGAGGGGAUUUCGGGCCUCAAAACCAACGGAACAACCUAAGGACAAGAAAAGUGUUUUAACUCAUGUUAAGAAACUGGAGAAGGCAACAAAGGAUGUUCCUCACAGACCUUCACUGGCAUUUCCAGGGAAUUACUUCUGCCCUCCUUCAAAGGAGGAGCAGGAGGAAUCAGAAAAGAGGGUCGGCGAGCCCAUUUUUGGGACUUUGGAGGUUGUUCGUCCUGGCAGCUCGCGGAGGAAGAGGGAGGGGGAUCCAGAGAACUUGUACAGUGAGCCAGGUGCUCCAUCUAUAAACCCUCUACCUAAACCUCAGAGGACCUUCCAGCAUCACACCCCUCCCACAACCCCAACUUCAGGCCUCGGCUUGGGGAAGGGAAGGAGGAACUUGCCCCCUUUGCCCUCCAUUCCUCCUCCCCCUUUACCCACGUGCCCCCCACCUGGAGUGUGCAGGAGAACCUGGUCAGACAAAGCCCGGGACAGUAAUAACAGGAAAUCCUAUGAAUUUGAGGAUCUGCUCCAGUCGUCCACAGAAGGCUGCAGGGCGGACUGGUACGCUCAGUCCAGGCUGGGCCUAACACGCACUUUAUCAGAAGAGAAUGUCUACGAGGACAUAAUAGAUCCUCCCUCCAAGGAGAAUCCCUAUGAAGAUAUAGAGCUGGAGAGAAGUUGCUUGGGAAGCAAAUGUGUUUCACCUGCCUCCUCAUCUCCUGUCCCCGACACGCCAACUAAGCUCUCCUCCAAACCUGGCUUCUUCAGACAAAAUUCAGAACGGCGAAGCUUCAAACUCCUGGAGCUCCGUAAGACCGGUAGGGACACUGGCUUCUCCUCUCCCUCCCGCAUCAGCCCCCCCUCCACCCCCAGCAGCCCUGACGACACCCCUUGCCUCUCCGGAGACCCGUGCAAUCGCAGAAGGAGGAAAAUCCCAAAGAUGGUGCUGAAAAUCAACGGCAUCUUCGAGGCACGGAGAGGGAAGAAACGAAUGAAGAGGGUGUCUCAGUCGACAGAGUCCAGCUCAGGGAGAGUGACGGAUGAAAACAGCGAGUCGGAAAGUGACACAGAGGAGAAACUACAAGCUCACAGCCAGCGCCUGGUGUCGGUCCUGUCCAUGCUGAGGCAGACGGGCCGGUACCGGACCUUGGAGAGGGAUCUGAUGGAGCUGCAGGAGAGGAACCUCUUUGAAUAUUUUAUAGUUGUUGCGCUCCAUAAGACCAAGGCUGGAGUCCCAUACCUGCCUGAAGUCACACAGCAGUUCCCUCUCAAGCUUGAGAGGAGCUUUAAGUUUAUGCGGGAGACGGAGGACCAGCUGAAGGUUAUCCCUCAGUUCUGUUUUCCUGACGCCAAAGACUGGGCGCCUGUCGACAACUUCCCCAGCGAGACAUUCUCAUUCGUCCUGACGGGUGAGGAUGGAAGCAGGCGGUUUGGCUACUGUCGGCGAUUAUUGCCCAGUGGUAAAGGCCGGAGGCUUCCUGAGGUCUACUGCAUCGUCAGCCGCCUGGGCUGCUUCGACCUUUUCUCCAAGAUCCUGGAUGAAGUGGAGAAGAGGAGGGCUAUCUCCCCGGCUCUGGUGCAGCCUUUCAUGAGAGGCAUAAUGGAGGCUCCCUUCCCCGCUCCAGGAAGAACCAUCACUGUCAAAAACUUCCUACCUGGCUCUGGGACAGAGGUGAUAGAGCUGUGUAGGCCUUCAGAUUCUCGACUGGAACAUGUGGACUUUGAAUGUCUCUUUUCCUCCUUGAGUCUACGUCUCCUUCUCCGAGUGUUUGCCUCUCUGCUUCUGGAGCGCAGGGUCAUCUUCACUGCCGACAAACUCAGCACAUUGUCUCAGUGUUGCCAUGCAGUAGUGGCUCUACUCUACCCCUUCACCUGGCAGCACACGUACAUCCCCGUGCUCCCACCCUCCAUGUUGGAUAUUGUCUGCACCCCGACCCCCUUUAUAGUCGGCCUCCUCUCCAGCUCCCUGCCUCGACUCAAAGAGCUGCCCAUCGAAGAGGUCCUGGUGGUCGACCUAGGGAACAGUCGCUUCCUACGACAGCUGGAUGAUGAGGACACCAUUCUUCCCCACAAGCUGCAGGCGGCUCUGGAGCAUGUGCUGGACAAGAGGAAGGAGCUGGCCUGUGAUAAAGGAGAUCUGCCCAAUGACUCCAGCUCCCUCAGCACGGUGGUGUCGGAGGCCUUUGUGCGUUUCUUUGUGGAGAUGGUGGGUCACUACUCCCUCUUCAUGGGAGGAGGAGAACGGGAUGAAGAGUCUGUCUCCUCCCCAACUUUGCCCAGCCCCUCUUCUUCCCCCUCCUCGUCCUUUCAGCGUGAACAAUUUCGCAAAGCGGUCACGUCCAAGAGCUUGAAAAGGUUCCUGGAGGUGUUCAUGGAGACCCAGAUGUUCACUGGCUUCAUCCAGGAGAGGGAGCUGCGCAGGCAGGGCCUCAGAGGUUUAUUUGAGGUGAGAGCACAGGAGUAUCUCGACUCACUGCCGGGGAGCGAGCAGCGAGGAGUCAACAAGUUCCUCAAGGGUCUAGGAAACAAGAUGAAGUUCCUUUCAAAGAAAUGAUGCUUGGAGUGUGAAUGUCAUGUGUUAAAGUAGAAAAAAGGCAGGAAGAGACAAUGCUUUAAAAAAGAAAAAGAAAGUCCCUGGACGUGGAGGAUGAGGAGAGGAAGAAGUGUCUGUGGGGCAAAACAAAGGAAGACCCUUGAAGUGAACUGGACUCAUACAUUGUGAACAUGAGGAAAUGUGGGUAAACUUAGGGUUCCAUGUGUCGUUCCAUAAGUGUUGUGAAGGGUUUACUCAACGUGGACCAAAACUCCCUUCCAACACCAUAAGGCAAUGUCUAAGAGUGUCUCUCUAGACCUUUGCCUGGGUUUUCUGUCAACGUCAAUCCCUGCAGUGUGUCACUGUUUAGCAAAGCAAAGUGUAAAUGUUGUUAUGAACAUUGUUCUCCCUUUCUCGGUCAAUAACCCGACCUAUAGUAUAAACCUGCAUGAGGAAGUGUCACUAAAGGUCCCAUUUUGUACAUACCUUCCUUUACAUUCCAAGUAUUUUAUAUAGAAGUUUUUUUAAAUACAAUAGUACAACUUCUUCACCAACAGGAGGCUUUUAAGUUAAUUUAUAUUAUUCUUAGAUCAACUUAAUCUCUUUUUUUAAAUGUCCUUCAAAUGAGUGCAAGAAACACUCCUGUAGUUUGUACAGUAAUAGGCUUUAUUUAACAGAGUCUACUCCAGACUGUUUGUAGACCACUUUGGGUUGUUGGGUAAAUGUACCACUGUUUUAAGUAAAUUAAUUUUUAAUGGAAAAGGAAUGAGCACCAAGAGGAGGAACAUUUAAAGAAGGAAAUCAAUGUGAAUGCAUCUCUCACUUGGGUUUGAGUACAUGGUUUGAAUAGACUUGAUGUUGAAGGAAGAUGUGUAUCUUAGGCCAAUCAGAAUCAAAGUAUUUUACUAGGUUUCAAACUUGAUUGCAAUUAAACUUUUUAAAUAAAGUUAUUUGAAUGUUUUGAAUUA